AUGACUAUAAUAACUGAAAUAACUGGAGAAAACGGUCCGAAAUUUGAAUAUGCGGACACAAAUGUUGCGGUUAGCAUCAAUCCUGAUUCGCAAACAGCCUUCACCGGCAGUAGAGUGGCGAUUACUUGCGACGUUAAGAGUGACGUUCCUUUCACGCCUGUCAUUACCUGGAGAAAUGCCCACGCUAAUAAUCUGCCGCCCAAUCAUCAAACAAUUGGAAACCAGUUGAUAUUUAACAAUGUCAACGAGGAACAUGGUGGACUGUACCAAUGCACGGUUAACACGCCAGUCGGAACAGUGAGCGCUUAUUCAUCUCUCACCGUACUUCGCAACGAUCAGGACUAUGAACGUGGCAGUCAACCUGCUAUUGAAACAGUAGAUGUAAAUGGAGGCACCAAAACAAUUUACACGGGCCAAAGCAUUUAUCUACGAUGUAGACAUCCCGAGAAUAAUUAUCAUGUCAGAAUUCGUUUUGAAUCUCCGAAUGAUGAGAUUUUGUCAGAAGGGUAUGGCGAGGUCUUUUAUUUGCUAAGUGAAGUCACUCCUCAGAACAGCGGCAGAUACACUUGCGUGAUUGACGACGACUUAUCGAUCAGGCUAUUUGUUUACAUCACUGUCGAGGAAAUUGCUUACAACCCUUACAACCCUUCUGAAAGUACUUUGUACAUCCAUCCAAAAUCCGUCUAUCAAAUUAAGGAGUCCAAAGUUGAUUUGAAUUGUUAUGGUGAUGAAAACGUCUCGGAUUACAGAUGGUUCAAAUUAUCAGAAAAUGAAGCCUGGCUUCCGGUUAAUCUAAAAGAUGUCUUUGUAAUAGAAAAUAGUUUGCAAAUUAGCAAUUUUCAGCCUGAGCAUGCUGGUUUAUACAAGUGCACAGCCAUUAAUAGAGUGGAUGGUCGCCACCUUCACGCCUUUCUUCCUCUUCGGUCAGUUAAGUCUUUUAAACUUAAAAUUUUCACCCUCAGUGACUCGCAAGAGUUAUUGAAACCAAAAAAUUAUCCUUACCUAUUAGUUUCGCCUGACCAUGUAGAAAUGUUUGAAGGUGAUAGUGUGACCAUCAACUGCCAAUCAAGUGAUGACUUUGAGUUAAUGUACUGGAGCAGGGAAGAUAAUAAACCUCUUCCUGAAAACUCCUCCGUAUCUAAUUAUGGAAGAACACUUGUACUUGAGGUAUGGUAA